AUGGACAAAGAGCUCCGGAGGCCAUUUACCUCACGUUCCCUUCCGGGUGAACGUUUUACUCCAAGUAGUCUACCUACCUCUCUAUCUAUCCCUACAACUUUUCAUUCCCCCAUAAUUCCUCCGACCGUGCAACAAACUAUCGGUCCCGAAGAUCAUUUUUCUAAACAAAGAAGAACUCGCAGAAGUCUAUCAACUUCUUCUUCUAAUCAAAGUUUACUCAAAAGAAGUUUAUCAUUUAAACCUCGAUCUCAAUCAAAUAUGUCCCCGGCUACCGAGAGUGACGCAAGCAAUAGGUCUUCAUUUGAUGACUUUGAUUAUUCUACUCCUGGUACUCCUUAUGCUAGUCCAAAUUCUGGUUUGAAUUCUGGUUUGAAUUCUGGUUUGAAUUCUGGUUCAAAUUCAAGCUGUUGUUCUUUGAACAAUUUAUAUUUUGCUUUAUCGCCAGGUGCCUCAAAUCACCAUGCUUUUCCUUUUUAUCAAAGAGAAAGGCAUCAUUCUUUAUUUGUAUUAUCCGGAAAAUCUAACAAUCAAAAACUUUAUCAAUCAUUAAAUUCUCCUGUAAAUUCGCAAUUUAAGAGAUUAUUAAAUUUAAAAUCUUAUCCUUCAAGUAGUACUCUCUAUUCAGAUUCUGAAACUGACUCUUUAGAAACUGACUCUGAUGCUUAUGCUACAAAUGAUGAACAAUCUAGCUUUACUUUUUCUUCUUCUGUAAGGCGUAAACCUUCUUUUCAAAAAUCUCCUGCUAAUCGUUUUUUUCCUGAUUUAUCUAUCGACGCUGAAGAAAAUCGUCUUAGUAAUUUACAUAUUAUUGAUGAAGGUGCCCCUGAAUUUACUUAUCCAAAAGUUAAACGAAAACUUGUUAAAGAUCUUCAGGAGACAAAACGUAGAGCUGAUAAAAGUAUUGAGAAUAUUUUAGAUAAUUGGUACAGGUCUUAUCAAUAUCAAGAACUUUUUGGUUUUGGUGAUACUGAUGAUGAAACUUUUCCUUCUUCAUCUAAGCCUCCUUCAAAUAAUAAUUCAAAAAAGGAUCGUGAACUUUUUAAAAAUAAAAUGAUUAAUAAAAUGGAAUCUAUAUCUUUACAUGGUGAUACUAAACCAAGGAAUAUUCCUCCAAUCAAAAAAAAUUCUGAAAGGAGAAUGAUACGUUCUUAUACUUCAUCUCAUACUCAUCUAUUAACAAGAAUUGAUUGUAUUGCUCGGCGUAUUCUCAAAACUACUAUUCACGAUUUAUUGCAUUUUAAUGUUGCUAUCGAACUCAUGAAAGAACUUCAAGAGCUAAUAGAGUUUCAAAGAAAAAUGGCUGUAGGUAAUGCUGAUGCUGAAGAAUUAUUGACAAAAUUAAUUUAUGUUUUUGCUGAUGUGGCAAGAGCUGUUGAGGCUGUGAAAAAUUCUUUUGCUGAAACAAAUCCCGAACUCUCUGGUGAUGGUGUAAUAAAAGAUGAUAUGCUAACAACCGGUCAAGAAUGGUUAUUACCUUCACCUUUAUCAUCUCCAUCACCCCUUCCUUUAACUCCUUCAUCAUAUUCUCCUCCACGAACAUUAUUUCAAAUUCAAGAACGGCGUAAAUCUUAUGCCGAACUUGAUGGAAAAUCUCAUACACUUUUACCUCCUCCAUUAUUUUCAUCUCCAUUGGCUCGUCACGUUACGACUCCUCCAAUAAUACGUGACUCAAUAGUUUCUCCUGAACAACGUCGUGAAAUUGCUAUGGAAGCUGUAUUUGAAAGCCCAAUAAUGUAUGUCCCACCUCCUGCAAAUAUGGAUGAACAUCUUACUUGGAAUACCUGGACAAGAAAACAAGUUGAUCAAAUGAUUCAUGAAGAAAUGAAUAGGGAAAUUGAUUAUGGUAUAAUAUUAAAAAAACAACAAGAUGUAGAUCCUGAAUCAAAGAAAAAAUCAAAAAAAAAUGCUUUUCAGAGUCCCUCAUCAUCUAUUGCUGGGUCGCCUGCAGGAUCUCCGACUCUUCAACCGAGUCCCAUUCGUAACUUGAAUUUGCCACCUUCACCAAACGAACAAUCUCGAACCCUUUCUAUCGACUCACGAUCAACUGCAUUUUCUCGCCGUAAUUCUUCGGUACAACUUAAAGGUGAUAAUAAUCUUAUUGGUAGUCACAGUCUCGCAACUCCAUAUUUUCAGACUCCAAAUGAUUAUAUGUUAUGCCGUAUUUGUGAAGAAAUGAUUCCUAGUUAUGAAAUGGCUGCACAUUCUGAAACUUGUGCAGUUACAACAGAAUAUGCGAUAAAGUUAAAAGAAUGUGAUGGUAGAAUUAGUAGAUUAGUUGGUGAUGUAUCGAAAAGAAAGAUGGAUCUUAUUGAAACGUUAAAUCGUCGAGAAGCACUUAGAAAAAGUGAAAAAUAUGCGACUAAAUUAGGACGUUUGGUUGAAGAUAUUGAGAAAAUCGCCACAAGAGAUGAAAAACUAUUAAUUUAUGGAAAGCGACUACUUCAUGUUGUCGAAGAGAAACAUGAAACAUUGCAAGCAUACUUCCGGAAACUACGGUCAAUCAAAUCGGUUUCAAUUGGUGGAACACCUGCUGUUAAUUCUUCUUCAGUUGCUACAUCAUCAACUCUGAUGGAAACUGGUGCUUUACAAAUACCUCAAAAGGCAGUUAGAAAACAAUCAAUAUCAAGCAGAGUGUUGUCAACAUCUGCAUCAAGUAAAGCAUCAAUAAACCUUUUAUCAAAGCCUUCAAGUUCUCAUCGUCAACGUAACAAUAAUGGUCAAAAAGAUUUGGUAUUAUCUCAUAAACGGCAGGAAAGUGCUGGAUCAAUUUCAUAUGAUUCUGAUAGUCCGUUACCUUCACGUAGUGGGAAAAAAUUGAUUUCAUUAUUUACUGCUAUUUUACGUGGAGUAAACGGUCGUGGUAGCAACCCACCGAGUAAAGAGUCUAACAAUUCUAAUUCUAAUUCUACAUCAGUCAAUGGUGACAAAUUGACCAGAGUUCCAAGUAUUCAAGAUUUUGAAAUAAUAAAGCCUAUUAGUCGAGGGGCUUUUGGUAAAGUUUAUCUUGCAAGAAAAAAGACAACUGGCGACCUUUAUGCGAUAAAAAUUUUAAAAAAAGUAGAUAUGGUUCGCAAGAAUAUGGUAAUGGAAUAUCUAAUUGGUGGUGAUUUAUCAUCUCUUCUUCAAUGUUUUGAACGUUUUGAAGAAGAUAUGGCGCGUAUGUACACAGCAGAAGUUGUGUUGGCGCUCGAAUACCUUCACAAAAAUGGCAUAACUCAUCGAGACUUGAAACCUGACAAUAUGCUUAUCACCUCCGAAGGUCAUAUAAAACUUACUGAUUUUGGUUUGUCCAGGAUAUCAAUUCCUGAAAAAAGUAGUAUUACUUUUGUUAAAGAAGGUGAAUCAAAUAAUAGACCUGAUAAAAAGCCAAAAAGUAUGAGAGCUGGUAGUGUGGAUUUUCGUACCAACUCUAAUGGUCAUCGUCCGGUUUCUUCAAUCUUUCCCAAUGAAAGCCCAAGAACUUCCGUCCAUAUUAAUUUUCAUAGUGUAGAACCACAACCAUCAUCUAAUACUUCUACUCAAUCAUCAUCAUCAAAAUUAACAAGAAAGCAGACUAAACAAAGUUCCAAAGCUCUUUUAGGUACUCCUGAUUAUCUUGCACCAGAAUUACUUCUGGGUAUUGGGCACACAACAGCAGUAGAUUGGUGGUCUCUUGGUAUAUGCCUUUUUGAAUUCUUGGUUGGUUAUCCUCCCUUUAAUGAUGAUACACCACAAGCAAUAUUUAGAAACAUUUUAGAUAAUGAUAUUCAAUGGCCACCUGAAGAAGUUUUGUCCACAGAAGCCAAAGACUUCAUUUCAAAAUUAUUAAAUAAAACACCUGAAAAACGACCUAGCGUAGAUGAAAUCAAAGCUCAUCCUUUUUUUAACGGAAUUGAUUGGGAACAUAUUCGUCAACAACCAGCACCUUUCGUUCCUAAUCCUGAAGAUGAACAAGAUACAAGUUAUUUUGCGGCACGUAAUAUGCGUGCAGAUAUUCGCCGUCUUUCAGCAGGAAAUCUUGAUGAAAUUGCAUCUGGAAGAAUAUCAUCUGAAAAUCGUAAAUCUGUUGCUUUUGAUGAUGAUAAUGAAAUUAAUUCACAGGCACCUAAUAACCAAGCACCUAAUAAUAAUGCUCCAUCAUCUCUCGUAUUACAAACAAUUACGGCAGAACCUAUUGAAUGUAAUUCCUUAAAUUCACCAAUUUCGACACCUACAUCACGUAUUAAACCUGAUUUAACAAUCAAUACUCAUACACGCGAUAAACGACAAUCACUUUUAAAGAAAAAAUCGACAUCGUCUCUUAAACCAUCACCAGUUGAAGAGACACCUGGUAGAACGAUUCAAAAACGUAAACCAUCUUUAUUAAAAUUACCCACAGGAAAAUCGAGAAAAUCAUCUAUAAGUGGUGCUAGUGACUGUGGCACACCAGUAUCAGCGUCCAGUACAUCUAGUACAUCAACGAACCAAUUCCCUUCAUCUACACCGGCAUCAUCAUCAUUAAAUCCAUCAAGACUUUCAUCACUUGUUGGAUCGCAGGAACUAUAUGGAUUUGACCAACAAAAUAAUACUCAUGAUGAUGAAAUAUUAAAUGUUGAAAAUCAACAAACUAGUGAUGAUCCGGGAUUUGAUG